AUGGCUCCGAAAACACGAUCGAUGGCGCUCCAGAAUGUCGCUACAAUUCCAAAAGUCAGGGAUAGCCAUCGAAACAUCAAGCUUGGAACGCCCAAGGGAAGUAACUCCAACGGCUACCAGGGAUCGGGGACUCAGCCAAACCCAUGGUGCAUGUCAGAAGAGCAAAUACAACGUGUCUGUGACCACUUCGCUAAUGUUGGCAAAGCAAAGUCUCCCUGGGAAUAUGUCCGUAAUCACUGUGUUCAGCAGCCGGCCCUCCUGCCCGUCGAGAUGGACUACCUCGUCAAUCUCUUGGCCUCUGUUGCAAAAGCACAGGGUGGCCGAGAGCGCUAUAAAGGCUACUCUCAUCUCGACUGGGAUGACGUUGCGGAUAAGUUCAACGCGAGAUUUUCGGCGGAUGACAUGGCUCGGAGAUGCGAGCCGCGGAAAGUGACGGUUCUGAAGUGCGCAAUGCGGGGGAACUACCAGAAAGUCAGGAUUGCCCUCUUGCGUGAGCGAUGCCGGGAGGCGCAUGAAGGGGCAGACAACGCCGGGAUCUAUGGGUCGUUGACGGCUGAGCAGCUUGAGCAUUGCCUUAUUCACGGAAGACCGUGA